AUGCUGCUGGACGCAGGCCACCAGUUCCCGGGUCUGGGUUCGUUCGCCCGCCACCACCCGGCGACCGGAGACAUGCAGGAGCGAGAUCUGAGCCUGGCCCAGAACACGUUCGUGGACUCGGCCCACAUGGGCGCCUUCAAGCUCAACCACGAGCUCUCCCCGCCCGGCCAGAGCUCCGCCUUCAGCAGCCAGGCGCCGGGCUACCCGGCGGCGGCUCUGGGCGCGCACGCCGCUCACGUCACCUCGUACGCGGGCUCUCCCUUCAACUCCACCCGGGACUUUCUGUUUCGCAGCCGCGGCUUCGGUGAGAGCUCCCCGGCUGGAGGCCAGCACGCGCUGUUCGGCCCCGCCGCGGGCUCUCUGCACCCCACGCACCACCACACGGACACGCCGCAGGGCCACAUCUUGUUCCCGGGCAUCCAUGAGCAACACGGCUCCCACGCGUCCGGCAACGUGCUCAACGGGCAGAUGAGACUCGGCCUGGCGGGGGAGGUGUUCGGUCGAUCCGAGCAGUACCACCAGGUGUCCAGCCCGCGGGCCGACGCGUACUCGGCGGCGCAGCUGCACAACCAGUACGGCUCCAUGAACGUCAACAUGGCUGCGCACCACCAUCACCAUCAUCACCACCACCCGGGCGCCUUCUUCCGAUACAUGCGGCAGCAGUGCAUCAAGCAGGAGCUCAUCUGUAAGUGGAUCGAACCCGAGCAGCUCAGCAACCCCAAGAAGUGCUGCAACAAGACGUUCAGCACCAUGCACGAGUUGGUCACGCACGUCUCCGUGGAGCACGUCGGCGGGCCGGAGCAGACCAACCACAUCUGCUUCUGGGAAGAGUGCCCGCGGGAGAGCAAGCCCUUCAAGGCCAAGUAUAAGUUGGUCAACCACAUCAGGGUGCACACGGGAGAGAAGCCAUUCCCGUGCCCCUUCCCCGGCUGCGGCAAAGUCUUCGCGCGCUCGGAGAAUCUCAAAAUCCACAAGCGCACGCACACAGGAGAGAAACCUUUCCAGUGCGAGUUUGAAGGCUGCGACCGGAGGUUCGCCAACAGUAGCGACAGAAAGAAGCACAUGCAUGUCCAUACAUCGGAUAAGCCCUACCUGUGCAAGAUGUGUGAUAAGUCCUACACGCACCCAAGCUCCUUACGAAAACACAUGAAGGUGCACGAGUCGUCCCCAUCGGCAUCCGACUCGUCGCCGGCGGCCAGCUCGGGCUACGAGUCGUCCACGCCGCCAGGCCUGGUAUCGCCUACCACCGAGACGCAAAGCAACACCACGCUAUCGCCGGCCUCCAUCGUACACAGCAGCACCAGCCACAGCGGCCUCACGUCCAAUUUCAGUGAAUGGUAUGUGUAG